AAAGACGAGGAACCUCUUGAUACUUUCUAUGAAAUUGACCUGAAUUAUGGUUCUUCGGAGGAAGUUGGGAUCAACGACUUCGCAAGAGUUCUUACUUUAAAGACGGUUAUUCCUAAAAUGGAUACCAAAUCCGAGAGCUCAGAUAUCCCUGCCGACGCUAAGAAGGGUACUUCUCAUAAGUUGAUUUGUUCUCUCUUUGUUGAACAUUUCGAUAAAGACUAUGGAAAUGCUGAAGAAGCAAAUUCUCCAGUUACUGAAGAACUGGUGGAAUCAAAUGAUGAUUUUGAACUCAAAGCACAAGACAAUACCUUUGAUCGUCUGAAGCAGAAUGUUUCAGACCCUGAAUAUUAUCUCGCAGAAAUCUACAAGUGGGGGCUUGAGUUUCCAAGGAGUAUCGAUCAAACUAUCUUUAACUCUUCUAAAGAAACAUUAGAUUCUACUGACGAUGAUAAUUCUAAUAUCUCUGCCAACAAAUACACCAAGAAAUUCCGGGGGGAUGAUUUUGGCCUUAGUAACAGAGAUUCCCAAAUUACCAUAGAGUCAGAAUCUUCCAGCGAUAAUUCAAAAACUCUGAAUAGGUUUUCUUCCAGCAUUUCCACAAGUUUAAAUCCAGGCACUCCAAGUACUCAAGGCAGUUGUUCUGAAGACUGCCAAGAACAAAGAAUCCAAAUAUCCACACUUGAAUCAGAUAUUUGUACUCAAACAAUAAUGGAGUGUGAAGCAACCAGCACUGGUUUCCUUAAUUUAAAAUACUCUUGUGAGUUUCUGAAAUUCGAAGGAAGUCUUUUGGGCCAGAUUGGAACUGAGGCCAAUGAAAUGGUUACCUGGAUUAAUAAUUCCAGACCAUGCUCGGUACGGGAAAUUGGGAGACAAUUUUACUCAGGCAUUUCCAUUAGACAAGACAAGAACAUUGGAAUUCAGUGGCAUGUAUUGAUCAUAUUACUCUUCCAGUUGAUGAUUCUCGUCUUGGAUUUUAGAACUUCGCUCCAUAAGUUGAAGAACCUCAGAUUGUGGUCAGCUGUCCGCAUACUCUUAUGGCUUCUCUCCUGAAAACGAUAGAGCUCAAUUUACGACAUUAAUGACAUUCCUCAGCUUCAAACUCCAAUACUCUGUUGGAAUAUCCAGCCAAACUACACACAGUCCAACAUUGGGA